UAUCCUUUUUUACUGCAGAUUUACUUGAAGGCUCAUAUUCUUCAAUUCUAUUCUGCUUUAAAUUACCUGGAAUCUGUGUUUCAAGACAAGACAAGAAGUGGCUUAUUAGAAUCAGUUUAUAAUCAAAUUUUGACCAAGCACUUUUUAAGAUACCAGCACAUUCACGGACAUGGAACACAGAGAACAUUAUCUGCAUCUUGCCCUUCUGAUGGUGACAGUAUUGUCUUGUGGAACAACAGCAAACUAUACCCAUUUGAGGGCUAACGAUACCACUGUUGGGGAUCCAGAUAGUCAAAAUAAGAUGGGCAGAAACCAAAAUGAAAACACUACAAACCCUACAACUACUAAAGUAGAUAAGAAAGGUAAUUUUACCAACAUGCCCGAAAGAGGAACAUCAUUUCACACUGUAUCAUUAACUCCUAAAUCUGACCUGAAGCCCUAUACACCCUCUGUUGUCAGGAAUAGUUCGCCAACCGUGCAGAGCAUCAGAAACACAAGCAAAAAUCACAGUGAAAUUUUUAAAAAAGAUGUUUGUGAGGAAAAUAACAACAAAACAGCUAUGCUAGUUUGCUUAAUUAUAAUUGCAGUGCUUUUUCUUAUCUGUACCCUUCUAUUUUUAUCAACUGUGGUUCUGGCGAACAAAGUCUCAUCUCUCAGACGUUCAAAACAAGUAGGCAAGCGUCAGCCUAGAAGCAACGGCGAUUUUCUGGCAAGCAGUGGUCUAUGGCCUGCUGAAUCAGACACUUGGAAAAGAGCAAAACAGUUCACAGGGCCCAACCUAAUGAUGCAAUCUACCGGAGUACUCACAGCAACAAGCGAAAGAAAAGAUGAUGAGAGAACUGAAAAAUGCACUAUCUAACAGAUGUUUUAGUGAAGAGAAAUGCAAAAUAGCCAUGAGAAAGUAUUUGGAGUAAAAAUGAAGUCAGUUUGAUAUUUAAUGCCAACGUGUUGGUCUGGUGAUCUAAAAUUUGAUAUGGCAGGCCUUACAAUUUAGAUUUAAGCAGGUGAGAAGUAUGCCUGCUUACUUAAUUACUCAAACUGUGCACUUUUGUUUUGACAUAAUAUUCUGGAAAGUGAAAAAUAGAUAAUAAACAAAACCACCAAGCAUUUGGGGAGGGUUUCAUGGAUGAGUUGAAAAACUGACAAAGGUAGAAAAGGACAAUUAAAUAUUUGCUGUUCAGCAAUGUAGUUAGAUGAACUUGGAAGAGUCUUAGUGGAGCCUAAGAGACUUCCAGCAUCUAACAUAACUUGAAUUACGAUGCAUAGAGUUGAACUUUAAAGUUUAAGCAGUACUAUUUCUGCUGAAUAUAACAGAAUCCAUACCGGCUAAUUUAUCACCACAGCUAAUUUUAUGUUAGAUAUCUUCAUCUUUAUAUAUGGCGCACGCAAGAAAGUGUUUUUCUACCAUAAAUAUUUAACUAAAACUUAAUUUUGUAUAAUAAAUUGACUCAAAAUAAACUAU